ACAUGCAAUGAGACAGAGAAUCCCAGCAGAGCUUUCCCUUGCUAUGCAACAUCUGGAAGAGAAUGCUACUCCAGAGCAGAACGAUGCGAUGGCAUCAAUCAAUGCGUCAACUGGGCAGAUGAAGCCGAUUGUCCGGAGAAUACAACGUCGGGAAAUCGACCGCCUCCACCGAAAAUGCGCCAACUGGGCUCAUUCGAGAUGCUUUACCGAAACUGGGAGGACGGUGCGUGGAUGUGGCAUAGUACCAUCGUUAAACCAGAUGGAGAGAUCCAAUUUCGAGUCCCACUGCCAAAGAUGGAGGCUGGAUGGGUGGUUGGUGCAUUCGCUAUGGACGCCUCGGAAGGAUUGGCCUUGGCUUCGUCACCAUUGCGAUUCGAUGGUGCUCGACGCUUUUAUUUCACGCUCGAAGUGCCCGAGGUUGGAUACUGGGGUGAACAAUUUGGAGUCCGCAUUUGUCUCUUCAACUAUUGGACUUAUUUUCUUGAGUUCCUAUUGGACACUGGACGUUUCGCAUUUCUGCGGUGUCCAGAUGGAUGAGAAACGUCAAUUAACGCUAAAGCGUCAAAAUAUAGAUGUUUUUAGCAUUCCAACGUGA